AUGUGUUCUUCAGAAGCUAGGGCGUACCCCAGAAGCGACGCGCAUUGUCCUCGCCCGGACAAUGUGGCAAAUAUGCGAGAGCUACCGGCUAGAGGAAGGAGCCGGCCAAGGAAGUUAGUCCGCCAUCGCCAGCAACAUCCACUGCACUUGGCAACACUUAACGUUGGGACGCUUACUGGAAGAAGUCGUGAACUGACAGACAGUCUCAGAAAACGCCGCGUUGACAUAUGUUGUGUACAAGAGACUCGAUGGGAAGGCUCCAAGUCAAGGGAAUUAGGCAAUGGCUACAAGCUCAUCUACCAUGGCACAUCAAAUCGCAAUGGCGUUGGUACCAUAUUGAACGAGUCGUUUAGAAAUAGCGUCACAGCGGUGGAUCGACUAUCGGAUCGCUUGAUGGCUGUAAAAGUAGAAACAGGAGAAGUGGAAUUGCGAGUCGUCUCUGCUUAUGCGCCACGGAUGGGCUGUAGUGAAGAAGAGAAGGCGUGCUUUUGGGAAGAUCUGGAGCAGUACGUCCAACCUCUGGAAGGCGAAGAAGUACUUCUAAUCCUAGGAGACUUCAACGGACAUGCCGGUUCUCGGAAAGAAGGGUUCGAGAGUAGUCAUGGUGGAUACGGUUUUGGAGCUCGCAACGACGACGGGUUGCGAAUCCUGGAGUAUGUUGUUGACUUGAUCAUUGCUAACACGCAGCAUCGGAAAAGAAAAUCGCAUUUGAUCACAUACACCAGCGGCGGUCGUGAAACACACACAGAUUUGUGGACGUUACGCCGACUUGUGCAGGAUUCAAAAGUCAUCCCUGCAGACCACGUCGCUGCCCAACACCAUCUGCUCAUUAUGGACUUGAAAAUCUCCCGUCCAAGGAAGAGACAUCCAAGAACUGAAACAAAACGCAUCAAAUGGUAG